GGGCGGAAGUCGGUGGAACGUUGCGUCGUCCUCUGGAGGCUGGGUCUGGCCGCGGGCUCAACGGGACCGGAGCAGCGGCUGUAGCCCCCGGCGGCUCGGCUCGCAGCGUUGACCCUCUGGAACCACAGGCCAUUCGUUCAGCUGCUGGAACAGAAAUAGAACCUGCUGAAAUAAAAACUGGAAAUGCUGGAAAGACACAACAGAUCAGACCAUGUCUCUGGAGAAAAAAAAAGUUAUAUUUUGGUGACAUCGGCAGGAAAACGUUGGUGGGUCCAAAAAGAACUGGAAUAAGAUCGACACAGAUCGUCGUUGACACUUGGGUGUUCCGGUGCACUCCCGCGUUCCAAAGGUUACGGUUGGGUCUGUUCCUGACCUGAGCGCAUUGUGCCCAAGAGCAGAAGGUUGUUUGUAACUGAGCAGCACAAAUUCCACAGGGACUUUUGAGUGCUGGUUCCUCAUCAGAGUUGCAACUAACAGCUUCGCUCCUGGUCUUUCUCACCAGGGAGACAAUGAGUCAGGAGGAAUUUAACUCAGCCGCUGUACCUCUUUGUGCGGAGGACGUGCAGGGAGAUGGUCGUUGGAAAUCAUUGCACAGUCGGUUUGUCUUGGACUGCAAGGACAAGGAGCCAGAUGUUCUGUUUGUGGGGGACUCCAUGGUACAGCUGUUACAGCAAUACGAGAUCUGGAGGGAGCUGUUCUCACCACUUCAUGCCCUCAACUUUGGCAUUGGUGGAGAUACCACAAGGCACGUUCUGUGGAGGUUGGAGAAUGGGGAAUUGGAAAACAUUAAACCUAAGGUGAUUGUCCUGUGGGUGGGGACCAACAAUCAUGAGCACACGGCUGAGGAGGUGGUCGGUGGGAUUGAGGCCAUCAUUCAGCUCGUUAGUGCACGGCAGCCUCAGGCUAAGGUGGUGGUUUUGAGUCUGCUGCCUCGAGGAGAGAAGCCCAACCCACUGCGAGAGAAGAACGCACAAGUCAACACAUUGCUGAAGAGGUCCCUGGCGAGAUUUCCCAAAAUGCAGUUCCUGAACAUCGAUGCCGACUUUGUGCACUCGGACGGCACCAUUUCCCACCAUGACAUGUUUGAUUACUUGCACCUCACCCACAUCGGCUAUGCCAAAGUCUGCAAACCUGUCUAUGAACUGCUCGUUCAGCUGCUGGAGGAGACACCCGAGGAAAAGCAAGCCAUCCUGGCGUGAUGGGUAAUAGACCCCGAUACCUGCCCUCACUACGAUCUGAGUGAAGCCAUCUGUAGAAUCCUGCAACAACCUUGCCUGGCGCACCCAAGUAGAGGCACAUUUGUAUCAUGAAUUGUAGGGUUCUUACCAAAUUGGAUGCAUUAAUUUUCCACAGCAAAGCAGCCCAUUCUUUCUGCUAAUAGAAACAUUGUUCUUUCACAGUGAUUAGACAGAAUGUCUUUCCUGUUAAAUAUGGUGUGCGCCUGCUGUAAUUGGCCAGUUGUUUGCAUAUAUUAGGAAUAAACACUCAUUGCUCUCAUUCAUGUUAGAGCUGCCUUGAAUUAAUGGACUUGCAUACAGCCAACUCUUUUAAACAUAGUGCAACCAGAGCAGUUAAAAUAUUUUUUUGGUAUAGUCCAGGCAUCUUGUCUCUGCCCCUUGUAGGGAUUUUUGCACAACUGGGUUUCAAUAAUUGACAUUGCCUUGUGGGGUCAGAAGACCUCUAGUGGUAGUGAGUGGAAUACACGAGGCAACCUCACCAUUUUGGAUGUUGCCUCAGUCAUGUAAUGCAAAAUGACACUGAGCAACUUUAUUUCCUUUUCCUUUUUUUAAAUUUCCUUUUCCCAGAUUAUUGGGAGAAGAGAGAAUUUUGAGUAAUUUAGGCUUUGGCCCUCCUGAGGGAGAAUAAACUCCUAUCAUUCUUGCCAACAUGCUGAAUCCAUGGCAUUUGCCUGGGUUCGGUCUGAGCAAUGGUACAAGGAGGGGCCACGGUUUACAACACUGGGGGGAGGGGUUCUAUGUGCAAGUGAUUGAGAGAAAGGUUCUGGAGCAUCUUGCAUUAUAGUUGGAAUUAUAUGAGGCCUGUUUAUAGGUGCGAGUAUGGCCUGAUUUUAGAACUUUUUUUAGUUUAAUCCCAUUUCACUCCAUCACUGUUCUUUCCAAGAAUGCAGGUAGAGACCACUGGAGUGUAGUGGUUACGUUAUUCGAUCAUCAGUCCAGAGGCACGAGUUCAAAUCCCACUGUGACAGCUAAAUUAAAGAAAUAAAAUAAAUCUGGAAUUUGUUGAACAAAAACAGGUCUCAGGAAAUAUUGCAAUCAAAACCCAUCCUUCUGAAGGUGAGAGAUUUUCCUUGGCCAGUAUGCCCUUCAUACAGUGCCAUUAGGCAGCAUUCACGUCCCCUGAGUAAUGCAAAACAAAAUAUGGGCCCUUUGUUCCUAGAUCUCUGCUGAAACCAGGUGGCCCGGUAAUCUCAGUAGGUAAGGAGACACAAGGCAAGGUAGAGAGAGCAGCCCCAGGGAUUUUAAGGUGGUGGGGAAGACAGUGUAAGUGAAUUUUCCUCAGCGUUUUACUUGACAAGAAGUUAUUGAACUGUAGUCUGUUGUUCAGUCUGAAUCCAUUCCCUAUUGUAAGCACCAAGCUGUUACAGUUGGGUUGCAUUGUUCAUGGACAAAAGCUGGGCACUCGCGACAUUUAACUCUACCUUCUCUUUACUGUACUGUGACUUUGCUAAUCUGUUAGCUACUGACUCACCAUUCACUCUGAAUUUUAAUUGAGCAACAUUUUAAUUAGUUGACUCUUGAUGAGAUAUAGACCAGUCUGUUUAGAUGUAUGAGUGCUCCUAUUUGAAGUUAGGUGUCCACAAUUCAGGGACAAUUUUUGUUAGCGAAUCUGAAAUCCAACCCAAAUAUGCGGAGAUAUUCAAGAAGAAAUUAAUUACUGUCUAAAGCAGCACUGUUUCCACUGUAUUGACACAAAACCAGUGAUCCUAUGCUAGCUGAAUUUUUUUCACAGCAACCAGUUUUUUUUUGACAUUCUAAGAAAAGUUCUUAGAUUGUCCAUUUUUUAAAUGAUUGAAAUCAUCAUUUGUAACCAAAUGAACACGGCUGAAGGAUGCUGCAAGGCAUUGAUUGCAGGGUUCUUUAUGAUGUUGCAGAGACUCAGCUCUCCCGGGACCUAACUACACCACUUCACCUUGAAGUGUAUAAGUUAUCAAGUAUUAACAUUGGCUGGUUACUCCAUUAACGCUGCAUAAAACAGAUACCCAAGUGUAUCUGAAAAUGCCUGCAGUAAUGGUAUUUUUAUAUUUUACUUCCAACCCCUUUCAGGUUGCAGGUUUGGUUAUGGAAUUGUUGUAAUAAACAGACUUUGGCAGUGGGUACUCACUGUGAGGAUAACUUUACACCUGUGUUCCACACCUUUGGAAAUAUUUACACAUUAGAAGGGGACUGAUGCACAGGACCUGGACCAAGCAGAGUGAGCGCUAUCAUUUGCUCAGGUGGUCGGGAUUAGCUUAUGGGGGGGGUGGGGGUCAGAAGCUUGGGAGAAGUCUUAAACACAUGCAGACCACUGUCUGAAUAAAAACUUCACUUAAAUGCUUCACUUAUACAGGAAAGUAGACUGUAAUAAGUAAAAUUCUUUUCAAUUAAAGGUUCACCAGAAGCCAACUUUAUAGUUACCUGGAAUGCAGUAAUUAUGACUUUCAUUUAAGAGGUUAAUUACAUUGAAAAGAACCAUGUUAACUUUAUUCUGGCAAAUUAUGCCAUUUUGGGCACCACAUUCUCAUGUAUAAAAUAUUUGGUUAGGGGACAAGAUGGAUUAGUGUUGCUGAGAGGAAGAAGAAUUGUGCUCUGUUGUGGCAUCUACCCAGAAUUCUAAAGAGAAAAUUAUCCAACAACUUCCUCAACCCGAACAUUCCAGCUAAACAGCGGGGGCUAGUAGAGAGUCACUUUAGCGAAAGGCAUCCUAUUCCAACUCGCAGUUUAUUUUUCUGAAUUGGAUGUUGAAUCAUCUGAAUCAGAGGGGCUGAGCCAGUUCCUGUGUACGUGAAGGCUGAACGAGUCAGUGUGCAAGAGGUGUAAUGCAGCAGCUGCCUGUACUUUAUAACUGCCCAUUUACUUUGAAUGUAUCUAAAAUAGUUUAAAAUGUAUUUCCUCACUUACUUGGAAAGAAACUGCUUUGACUUUACAAUAUCAUCUGAAAUCCUUUUCUUGAAAUUAUCAGGGAUUUUCACACUUGCUUCCCUCCCAGUUAUUGUGUAGUCUCCUAGAUUUGCAACAGGAGGCCAUUCAGCCCAUUGUACUCCUACCUAAUCCCACCUUCCAAAUACUUGGUCCACAGUCCUGCAGUUGAUGUCUCACUUCAUAUACAUCCAAAUUCUCUAUCUUGAAUUCAGGUAAUAAAGAAUUAAUUGUAAUAGUAUAUAAAGUACAUUGUGUGAAACCAGAAGCUCAAAGUACAGGUGAAUGUUUUUGUGGGCGAGAAAUGUUUGUUUCUGUUCAUGUCACGAGGUAUCUUGCUCCUCUUCCCACCCUCAUCAAAAAUGAAGCUACAUUAUUUUUUCAAUGUAUGAUUAUGAAGGGAUUUCUAAAACACAGGACCAUGUUUUGUCAACUGUCGACACACUACAUGGAUUGGGAAAAAUAAACCCUCAAUUGUUCCCUCCAUCCUCAUAUUUUCCUAUCAGCAUGUAUGAUCUCAGCAUAAAAUUAUGCUUCCAGAAACACGUUGUAUAGUAAUGCUUGAUAAAACCGUGCUGUAGCCAAAUAUAUCCAGGAGUGAAGAAAGCGUACAGUACUAUUUGUGUCUUGUUUGGGUGACUUGCAGAAUGGUAGUAUAUAAGCUUAUUUAAUAAACACGAAUGUGUAACUGUCAUCAGAUAUCUGAGCAGUGAUGUGUUGUGCUUAAAUGUACUGUAAUUUAUGCUUUAAUGUACUGUAAUAUUAAAAACAGUUUGAAACUU